GGCUCGGCUGCACUUCAGCAAGCUCCGCGGUGCUGAAAAGGACAGCUCCCCCCUCGGCUGCAGGCAUGUUCACCCGGAUGCUCAAACUGAGGCUUCUCAAUGCUGUGGCCCCUGCGUACUUUUUCACGGCGACAGUGGUCACCUUCAUCCUCCACUUUGGCUUCUUCAUCCCAACGAUCUUCCCCAGCCCCGACGCUUCACACGGAGGCUCCACAACCAUCCACACGGUCAUUUUCCUUUUCCUGAUGUUCAACGCCCUCGGGAAUUACACCAUGACCAUCCUGUACCCUGCGGCGAGCGCCAACGAGACGGCGGUCCCCGUGUGUUCCCCGCACUGCUCCGACAAAGUGGACGCCCACUACCUCCUGAAUGGCCGUCACUUCUGCAAACUGUGCAAGAAGGUUAUUCUCAAACGGGAUCACCACUGCUUCUUCACCGGGAAUUGUAUUGGCAACAAGAACAUGCGCUAUUUCAUCAUGUUUUGCAUCUACACUUCGUGCACUUGUUUGUAUUCGCUGGUACUCGGUGUGGCCUUCCUCACAGUGGAGUACUCCAUCUCUUUUGAGAACCCGUUGACCUUCCUGACCCUUCUCCCCCUCUCCACUGGUUACUUCUUCACAGGAACAAUCUCCGGACUGCAGCUCUUCCUGGUCCUGAUGCUGUACGUGUGGCUGGGCAUCGGGCUGGUGUGCGCGGGUUUCUGCUGCCAGCAAGUGCUGCUUGUGGCCCGGGGUCAGACCUGGUGUCAGAUGCAGAGGGGCCAGCUCGUGGAGAACCGCAGCCCCUGGAGAAGCAACCUGACGGAUGUGUUCGGCACCAACUGGGCGCUCGGCCUCAUCCUGCCUGUGCACACGGCGGAGAUGUGCUCUGAAGAGGGAAUCAAGCAAGACUGAGCGUCUAUCUUAUUAUUAAUUCAUCAGCAGCUUCCAAAAGGUCAUUGGAACAACAAUUUGUCAUAAAUCUUCUCUCGGGUGAAUCAUUUGGAUGCAGAUACAGGCGAACCUCUAAAAUCCCACAAAAUUGAGUUUGAAAGGUUUUGUUAUGUGACAAUUUGACACUGAAACAGGAAAAGUACUUUGUUGCUGAAAUAAUAGAUCAGUGUCCAGAAUGGGUUGUUUUUCCAAUUUCAAAACACUUAAAAAAAAACAUACAUAGAAAUAGUGACACAUCGUCCAUUGUAUAAUAAAACCGAGCAAUUAGAACUACAUGCCCUUUGAGGAACGGCACCUAAUGGAGUGGGAACAUUAUGAAGGACAGUAUGUUACGCUAAGUGUUUUUAAUGGUAUUACUGGAAUGAAUAAAUAUAUAAGAAUUAUAUAUAUUCGCAGUUUAGUAUUCAGAAAGUCAUCUAGUUGCAGAUUAUUUUUUUUUUUUUGGGGGGGGGGGUCUAGUCUUAAUUUUUUGCCGAAAAACAUACCUCUUUGGUGUUUUUGUUCAUGCCUAAAGUAAUAAAUGUACUAUAGUAAUUUUCAUGUGAGCAAGUGAGCGGAAGUUUCAUUUAGACAAAGUUAGUGCUUUGCCGGCAUCUUAUCUUUAAGUCAUUAGAACCCUUCUGGGCGAAAGGGGUGCAUAAAUGUAUGCGCAACAAGAUUGGUGGGGACUAAACGGAUCGGUCACUUGGCGUACAUUCCUUUAAGGAGAAGAGCCAUAUAUAAAGUACAUACAGUAGUGUACUUUUCUAUUUUACGUAGCAAUUGAAAGGCAAUUUUUAGGACUAUACAUUAAUGACAAGGUUGAUCAUAAACAAACAUUACUUUGCAUUUUUGUAUUUAGCGCUCAACUCGAAUGUGACCUGAACGCUCCUCCAUUCAGGAAAUGCGUUUUUACACUUCUUACAUUUGAUGUUAAGGGCUAGCAGGCAAUAGCAUCAACAUAACAUGGUCGUCUGCUUUGGAGAAUUAGAUGCAACAUGGGCUACGCGCUGUAAUUAUCCAGGGUAUUAAUCACAAUGUGCCAUAAUAUCACGUCUUACUUCGAUGCUUUGUACACAACUGCCCGGCAGAUGAAGCAAUAGCUACAUACGUACUGCAAAUACUAACGAUGGAACGCAGUAAUGCAUAGCAAGCACUUUCCACUUAGAACGCAGCAACUCUUUGGCUAUUUGAGAAUUAUGUUUAAGAUGUUUUAAAUAUCAUUAAAUACAAUUUUAUACAGCUAUUUUGUCUGUUCCUGCUACACGUAUGAAUCCAAAGUGCUAUAUUGAGUGAGUUCUUAAUUUAAAAGCACUCAGGU